GGGCUCCUAGGCCACUUUAGGUAUUUAGAUCUCCUUUCGAAAUUAGAACGACUAGGUACGACAAAAAGUGAGGUAGGCUCGAGCGCAAACGCAGUUUCUAGGCCUUGGGUGACACUUGAAGGAUUCUCCUCGCGGUCAUGACAUCUACUGUGCUGCAAGGUUGGAUUUGGUGGAAAAACUGAUACCAGUACUCGAGUACUCGAGUAAAGACUUGGCUCCAUACCGUCACAGGAACCCGCCGCUAGGGCAUGAUCCCACAAUAAAAUCACCAACGAUUUUCUUUACAGCGGGAGCUGAGCUCGAGCGCUCCUCGUUCCCGCGGCGGAAGGGGUCCAUCUCAUCGGGUCAGACGGCUGUCCGACAAUGACGCGUGAACUUCUCAAAGGUCGGUGUGUGGUCUUGUCACGCGUGUCCCAUUCCCAUGGUGUCUACCAUCGGUUCCGGCCCCUGUUCCGGUGGUAUCAUAACUCCAUCGAGAUUACUUUGAUAUCUCAGCACCUCCUAAUAGCUACAGGGAGUCCCGGGGGUUGACCCUAGCUGCCCCAAACGGCCGGCCCACAUAGGCUAUACACAAUAAUCUCGCCAACCCCACCAACACCCACCCGCCACCCAGCCGGUUCGGCCAGAAAGGUAAUAAUAAUGACACCAGACGAUCUAAUAUCCCUCUGGGAUCUCAACAUUCCACACGCAACCACCUCCGUACCAUUCGCCCGCCUGCUCUCAGGGAACCAACUCCCUGGCGAGAACUUCAAUAGAUGGCUCUCCAAUGACUUCCUGUACGUCCGUUGCGAAGCCUUCUUCAUCGCUCGACUAAUCUCCUCAGCCCCCGACUCGCUCUCCUUCAAGCGCACACACCUGAUCCCGGCCUACGACGUCUUGAAGCGCGAGCUAGAAGUAUUCCGUCAAAAGGCGCUCGUCCGGAACGUCGCGCUGCCAAAAAUUUCAUCGCCGCAUUCGGACCACAUCUCUGAGUCCGGCAAAACCUCUUCGGAGGUGCUAAGUGAACUGGUGGACCACGCGGCGAAAGGGUGCGCAGAGUACAUGAAGUUCAUGACGGAGACGUUACUGGACGAGAAGAACGUGCAUUGGAGCACGCUACUCGUGGUCGUCUGGCUGUUGGAGAGGGUGUACUUGGAUGUUAUGGUGCAUGUCCGGGAUAGUCCCGCGUUUGACCGGGGAGCGGACCAGGUUUUGAAGGACUUUGUCCGGUGGUGGGCUAACGAUGAGUUUGCCGCCUAUGUGGAGGCACUUGGACGGGCAGUUGUCGAGGUCAGGAAAGAUGGGGAAAGGAGUGGAUUCGGUGAGGAGGAGGCGAGGUGGGCGGCGAGGGAGGUUCUCACGCUGGAGAGGGGCUUUUGGGAUACCGCUACGGAGGGGUUGGAAGAUUUGGGGGACCCGUAAGCACUUGUAGGGAUGUGUGUGCUAUACGAUACCAGUGGCUUUGGAGUGCGUGCCUGUACUGUAUACCGAUAAGUAAAGAGCAGAUAGGCGCCGGCAGGAAUGCACAGUUUAUGUAUAUGAUACUAUUAGUACAUUGACACGCUAUCUCACUGC